UCCGCCUGACACAGGUGCAGUAAAGCCGGCCGGUGCUGGUGCUGGUAUGGAGCCCACUGCGUACCGGGGCCUGGGUCGCUGUGUGUGCUGCUUCUGGCUCGCGGUCGCCUUUGACGUCGUGGGUCUGCUCGUGCUUCUCGUGGGAGUGUUUGCCAGCGUGUUUUUCUAUGACCUGCUCAUCUACGCAGGGGCCAUCGUCAUCUUCCUCAGCCUGAUCUGGUGGGUGUUCUGGUACUCGGGGAACAUCGAGGUUCCGCCGGCGGAGCUGGAGGAUGAUGUGGGUUUACUGAAGAAGGACGCGGGCGCGCUGCGCGGCCUCAGCGGCGUCGUGAGGCGCUUCUCCAGCCGCGUGUCCAGCGGCUUCAGGAGCUCGCUCCGCAGGAACGGCUCGGUCGGUGGCGCGCGGGCUCGCGCACAGAAGUCAGCCGCCGAGGCUCCGGAGCCGCAACAGGUGAGCGUUGCUAUGACAACAACGAGGGUCCCACUGGAGAAUGACCCUGACCCCACGGUACCAAAGGUGGAAGAGAGCUGUGAAGUGCAGAUGCCGCACACAACUACUGAGAGCUCACCUGCGUGACGGAGUCGGUCCGACAGAGACUUUAUUUUAGGUUCCUGCAGCACUGAGCAGAGAAGAGCCCGCCUUCAGUCCGUGAAGCUGUGUCUCCAGUGGAAUUCUUAUUUUGUGAAUCAUAUUUGGUCAGGAUAUCAGAAACAAGUGUUUGACGUCCUGUAUAUGAACUGAGAACAUCACUGUCUGUUAGCUCUAACACUAGCUUGAUUUUCACACCUUGUGCUUGUACUUUACUUUGUCAUUUUAACCAAAAAAUGUUAACAAAUGUGUAUUACUGUAAAAAAGUGGACUGUGUACAAAUGCAUGACCUGAAUGACAAACGGAAUUUAAAAAGAUUUGUUUUGACGUUUUUACUUUUUAUUUGAAGUCUAAUCAUAUUUGUGACUUUUUUGUGACUAUACACCCAUGCAUGCUAUGUAUGUUAUGUAAAGCAGUGGUUCCCAAAGACUGGGUCAGGACCCACAGAUGUGUCGCAGCAGGUUUUUUUUGUUUGCAUAAAAUGAAGUUGUAAGUAA